UUCCACGUCAGUCAGCGUGUGAAGGCAGAGGGAGAGGAGGGAAGUGCCAUAGGGCACAUUAAAAAGCUACUUUUCUGUCUUGACUUGGAGAGCAGUUGCUGCUGCUGUUCACAAACUUCAUCUACGAUGUCCUUGCAAAACAGGUCCUCCAAGACACGGCAGCGUACUAUCCUUUUAGUGAUCAUCAUGGUCCUGAUAGUGACAAUUGUUGCUGUGCUGGCCGCUGUGCUGCUGGCAAACGGAACGAAAGAGACUAGCAUGCAGCUGCUACAGUGGAAAGGCAGAGGGACCACUAAAAAUCUGCAAGAAGUCAUCCUUGGGAGGUGUUAUAAUUACAUCACAACAGUGAACCCUGAGCUGAGAGACAAAGAUUGCCAAAACAUAUGGGAAACAAUGCAAAAGGCGUUUAUUUACAAGAACCCAUGUAAUAUUACAACAGAAGAUUAUCAGCCAUUACUGGAUUUGGCAAGUCAUCCUAUCCCCUGUAACAAGUCAUUAUUCUGGAGCAAGACAAGUGACCUUGUUCAUCGUUAUACAAAAACCAAUCACCAUUUCCUCACUUUGGAGGACACCUUGCUGGGCUAUAUGGCUGAUGGAGUCUCAUGGUGUGGAAACCCUUCUAGUCCAGGAAUUAACUAUGAAUCUUGUCCAAAAUGGAGUGAAUGCGAGAGCAACCCUAGUUCUGUGUACUGGAAAAUGGCAUCCAAGAUGUUUGCAGAAGCAGCAUGUGGUGUGGUUCAGGUGAUGCUCAAUGGAUCAAUAGAAGCUGGAGCAUUCAGAAGUAACAGUGAGUCCUGCACGGGUCGCUCCAUAACAAGGUUAAAAAGCAUCUUAGAGGAACGAAACUUGCGUGUCUCCUGUGAGGACAAUUAUAGGCCAGUUCAGCUGCUUCAGUGUGCAAGUGAUCCUGACCAUGCAGACUGCAGACUUUGCACCAAUAAUGUACAGUGAAACACACAAUACUCCACAUUGCUUAAAUCAUUCCUUAACUGUGUGUAAUACUGAACAAGAAUAUGUAUAUACUGUAUAGAGUACUAUACAGUAUAAAUGUGUAUAGAAACACUGUAUGUUACCAGAAAACCUUGCUGUGGCUGCAAUACUCAUAGAUGAAUGAAAGGAGAUGAUAUUUUAGGUGUGGUUGCUGUACCCACACACACUUCCAACCUCUUCAGCCUGAGGGACAAAUAUUAUUUCAGAAAGAUCAAUAAGUGUUUUGGGUCAGAUUCUCAGACCUGCUCCCCUCCUUUUAUACAGCACAAGUGGUGCAAAGGGAACAGAAGCCAUCUGCAAGUCCUCGGCUGGGGAUUCCCUGGGGUAGGGAAUACAUAGGGAAGAGCCAGGGCCUGCUCCAGGCGCCAGCUUAGCAAACAGGUGCUUGGGGUGGCCACUCCCAAGAGGGGUGGCACGUCCA